GAUAGUGUCAGGACAGACAGACGAGGACCCAGGAGCGCAAUUUCGAGAUCAAGGGCUCAAGCAGGUUUCAGGAGGUCUAGUUCUGCAGUGUUGACGACUUCACACACGAGCAUGUUUUCCUUCCUGUUCAUUGUUGCGCUCUGCGCCAGCUGCCUGGCUUCUCCCACGAGUCACUCCUCCUUCUCACCUGCUGUUGGAAGUGGUAGUGGCACUUCCUUCUCCAUAGAAAAAGGAAACGAAAGGCUCACCGGGGUCAGGCUCUGGGAGAUUCAGGGCUCUUACAUCACCGGUCUCCAGCUGAGAUAUGGUUACAUUUGGAGUAACAGGGUUGGUCGUGUAGUUGGCAAUCCACACGAGCUGAUCCUAUUUGUCGGAGAGGUCAUUGUUCAGGUCUCUGGGAAAUACCACAACAGCAACUACAUCUAUCAGCUGAUAUUUGUGACCUCCAGAGGGCGGUCUCUGAUUGUUGGCCAGCCAGUACAAUUCUCCUUUAACUUCUACGCGGCUCACCCGGACACAGAGCUCUCACUGCUGAGUGGCCGCUACAAUACUGCAGGGAUUACAUCCAUCGCAGCUCACUGGGAACACUUUGACAAUCCAGACAACAGCACUACCAAUGUCUGA